AUGCUGGUGAAGGUGAAUUAUCUUCAGGUGAAGAAAUACAUCAAAUUGCAAGAUGGGUUCACAUUUGAGGAGUUUCUAAACAAAGCAAAUGAUGCACUUCAAGUCUUUGAUGAGACAAAUACUAAUGUGGAGGAAGAUAUUUUUCAAGAGUUGGUUCAGAGCAACCCACAGAUAUGCUUCACAUCUCUCCUUUUUAAAAAAAAAAUUUCACCCACAGCUACCUCAACACCAAGUACAUGCACUGAUCCACUUUCAAACUCCAGUGAUGUAGAAGGGUUGGAGAGAACUAAACUGAACCUGUCUGCAAGCUCAAACUUUAAUAAUGGCAGAGAAAUCACAAGUGCUGAAAAGGCAAAACAGAUUGUUCAAAAUGCCCUGAAAGAGAAACCUGGUGGUUUGGAUGUUCUCGAAGAAUAUGAGCUAACUAAAACACUGAAGCACAGCACGAGACUACAGCUUGUUAAUGUUCUUGUUAGCCAUAUGACAGAGGUUCAUGGGAGGAUUCCCACACUUAAACAGAGAGAGACGUAUGCCUUGGGCAUUGUUUCUCUUUUCCCUGCUCUAAGAGACCCAUAUUCAUCGAAGGGCUAUGUAAAUCAAGACUUUAUUUUGCUGUUUAAUGCUGAAACAUCUGCAAAAUUGCUUGAGCAGUGGGAGAUGGCAUUCAAGCCAAAAGUCAUUGAAGAAGCAAAGUCUCUCACUUUGACAGCAGAACUUCAAAGUCACAUCAGUGCAGCAGAGAAACAACAGUCUGAACACGGGAGAAAGAAAGUUAAAAUCAGUCCCACUGAUGCUGUUGACAGGCUUGUACAUUUUCAUAAGUCCUGUACCAGCAUUGAAGAACAUCUCAUGGGAAGAGAAAGCCACCAACCAUACCUACUUGCAGUAGGACGAACCAACAAGAGGAUUGACAAUUUUUAUGUCGUUGUUGACAAGCAGCUCAUCCCCUGUCUAGGAACCACCUCCCUGAGUGCCAUAGAUGAACUUUUCAAAGUUCAUUACGUCUUUAACCUAACCUAUGAGGAAUCCCUGGCAAAUGUCUACACCUUUCUACAGACAACAGUCUACAACAUUGACAUAGGUCUAACAAACGAGUCGCCAAGAGUAAGAGAACUAUGUGUGCAAUUGUUAAACAAUGUUUAA